AUGCCAAACAUACGGAGCAUCUCUAUCGUCGGCGUCCACGCGGAAGGCGAAGUAGGCGACGUCAUCAUCGGCGGUGUCCUCGAUCCCGUCCACUGCAAGACAAUGUACGAGAAGCUGUGCUACUUCCGCGACCAGGCCGACUCCACUCGCCUCAUGCUCAUGCAGGAGCCCCGAGGCCGAUCCGCACAGUGUAUGAACCUCAUUCUCGCACCCUGCAAUCCAAAGGCGGAUGCGGCAUUUCUCACUCUAGAGAGCGACGAGUAUCCACCUAUGUCUGGGGCGAACACAAUCUGCACUGCGACUGUGCUGUUGGAAACUGGCAUGUUGGAAAUGAAGGAGCCUGUCACGGAGCUGACGCUAGAAGUCCCUGCGGUGUUGAUUGGGAUCACGGCGGAGUGCGAGAAUGGCAAGGUCAAGAACGUGGCGUUUGACAACGUUCCCGCCUUUGUCUACGCAUUGGAUCACAAAGUCAAUGUUACUGGGUUAGGUGUUGUGACUGUGGAUAUCGCGUGGGGAGGCAUGCACUACGUUCUGGUAGACGCGGCUUCUGUUGGUUUGGCAAUUGAGCAUCGGCAUGGGCCGGAUUUAGUCCGUAUCGGAGAACUGAUCAAGAGCGCGGUGGCAAAUUCGAUCAAGCCUGUACAUCCGGAGAACUCUGACAUCCGUGGCGUAACCGUUCUUCAGUGGACGGAAGCUUUGAAGACCGAAGCGACGGGGGUCAAAACUGCGAGAAACACGGUUGUUGUAUCACCUGGACGAUUCGACAGGAGUCCAUGUGGCACUGGUACAUCCGCUCGAAUGGCUGUUUCGCAUGCUAGAGGGGAAUUGAAGGAGGGAGAAACGUUUAAGCAUAGGAGUAUUAUUGGGACGGAAUUUGUAUGUGAGGUUCGAGGGACGACCAAAGUUGGCAAGUAUGAUGCUGUUCUGCCCAGGGUCAGAGGCAGAGCAUGGAUUACCGGCCACAGGACGUCGGUGUUGGACUCGACAGAUCCGUUCCCACAUGGGUUCAGGGUGGGGGACCAGUGGCUAGUGAAUGAUACAGAGAUUCGGGAGAAAAUCUAG